AACAAGAUGCUGAUCCACUGAAACAUCAAGAGGGUCCAAGGAAUCUGGAACAUGAAGAUCAGGUCAUGAAGUUGGAGCAGAGGGUCCCUGUUGAAGGUGCGUUUGGUGAUGCAGAUGAAGUGAAGUCAGUGUCAGUGUCAGUGAUGGAGGGAGAAAAUAUCACUCUAAAAACUAAUGUUACUGAAAGUGUUCAUAUGAUACUGUGGAGCUUUGGACCCCAAGAGACUCCUAUAGCUAGAAUCCAUAGAAAAGCCAGUGAGAUCUCAGUAUAUGAUGAAGUUCUUGAUGGGAUGUUCAGAGGCAGACUGCAGGUGGAUAAUCAGACUGGAUCUCUCACCAUAACAAACAUCACAACUCAACACUCUGGACUUUAUCGAAUGACCAUCUAUAGCAUCAAAGAGACGAAACACAAAUUCAGUCUUAAUGCUCAUGCUCGUCUGCCUGUUCCUGUCAUCAACAGAAACUCUUCUCAAUGUUCUCCAUCAUCAGAAAGAUCUUCAGUGUCAACAUGUGUGUUGUUGUGUUCAGUGAUGAAUGUGACACGUGUGAGUCUCUCCUGGUACAAAGGAAAGAGUUUAUUGUCCAGCAUCAGUGUGUCUGAUCUCAACAUCAGACUCUCUCUACCUCUGGAGGUGGAAUAUCAGGAUACAAACACAUACAGAUGUGUCAUCAACAAUCCCAUCACAAACCACACACAACAUCUACACAUCACUGAUGUCUGUCAGCCGUGUUCAGGUUUUAAAGACCGUUCAAACCUCUGGAUUGUAGCAGUGAUUGUGGUCUUGAUUCUAAUAGCAGCAGCAGCAGCAGUAGUCAAAUACUGUAAGAAAAAAACAACAACAAUACAAGGGGCCCAACAAGCAGAGAUGAUGCCUAUGAAUAACAACAAUAAUAUGGCACCCAACACUGAUGAGGUUUCUGGACCACUAGUGACUUCAAAUGAAGUUAAACACUAGUGCCCUCAAUUCUUGUAUAGUAUAACAAAACCUACUGAAUCUGUUUCUAGCCAGACGAAGUCUGGACUGAGCAUUGAAGCACAAUUAUUAAGAAGUAUUAACUCACAACAGCGUUGAUAUUUAAGUACGGAUUGAGUCAUUUCAUGACGGAGAGAGAUCUAGUGAAAGUGGACACUAAUCUUUGGAUCUAUAAGAUCUGCAAGCCAUAUUGGAUCUAUCAUUUCGAAUGAAGAAUUAUCUUUGAAUUGUUUUUUGUGAUAAUCAUGAAGUUUAAUCUUUGCUAUUUAGGACAUGAGACAUAUGUUGGUGUUUUUACAUUUAUAUUUUACAUUUACAUUUAGUCAUUUAGCAGAUGCUUUUAUCCAAAGCGACUUACAGAGAGUUCAGGGAGCAAUAAGCGAUAUGUCAUACAGGAGCAAGGAGCAAUAAUACAAUACAAUAAUACAAUUUUGAUAUGCACUUUAUGACCAGAUGUUUGCUAAUAUAUUUAUUCUAACAUGUAGUCUAUGUAUUGAUAUAUAUUUGAUGUAUGGACUAUUAGAUGGAUUACGGGAAUGCCUGUUUUAUUAAUGAGCACAGGUGUAUGUUUGAUAGCACAUGGCACUGAGGAAGGGUUAUCACCCAAAAACGUUUUGUCUGCACUUGAAUUUUUUGGCAAGCCUUUUGAAAGUAUGCUGAUCCUUUUUUCUAUUUUUUGGAUAUUAUUGGAUUUUUUGUGAAACAUUUUUUUUACGUGUUUUUCAAAAAUGGACUUGAU